CCUUUAACAUGCCUUUUCUCCCUCUUCUUUUAUUCACAUUGCAUCUCUCUCUCUCUCUCUCUUUCUCUCUCUCAUGUCUUGUUAGUCUCUCUCUUGGAUGAUGGCCAAUCAAAGUGGUGGUAACAGUUUGUUGAGGGACUACAGGAAAGGAAACUGGACAGUUCAAGAGACAAUGGUGCUGAUUGAGGCAAAGAAAAUGGAUGAUGAGAGAAGAAUGAAGAGAGUUGAGGAGAGUGAAGGGAGGAGCAAACCAGCAGAGCUGAGGUGGAAAUGGGUUGAGGACUAUUGUUGGAGGAAUGGUUGUUUGAGGAGUCAAAACCAGUGUAAUGACAAGUGGGACAAUCUCAUGAGAGAUUUCAAGAAAGUGAGAGAUUAUGAGAGGAGAUUGGCUGAGAAAGGUGGAGGAGGAGGAGAUACGAGUGGUGGUGGUGGUGGUGGUGGAGGAGGGUCUUAUUGGAAGAUUGAGAAGCAUGAGAGGAAAGAGAGGAAUUUGCCUUCUAAUAUGUUGCCUCAGAUAUAUGAGGCAUUGGUGGAGGUGGUGGAGAGGAGAGGAGGUGUGAGGGUGGUGGUGGGUGUUGGGUCUAGUGGUGGUGUUGGUGGUUCCAAUGUGGGGCAUAGUGGGUAUGUGGUGGAGAGAUCAACAAGUAAUGCGGUGGUUCAACCACCUCUAUUGCUUCCUCCACUGCAACAUUCAAUUUCAGCUCCACCACAAACAGUAUUAUCCCUCCCUCCACCGCCACCGCCGCCUCCACCGGUUGCAGCAACACAACCACACAGUCUUCCACAGUCUCAGCCAUUGCCCACAGUAGAUUCUGAUACAAGUGAGCAUUCUGACUCACCAGCAAAGAGAAGGAGAAGAGGAGAGGGAACAAGUGGCACUGCUGCAAGUGGAAGCACACCAAACAUUGAAUUUGGGAAUGCAAUCUCCCAAAGUGCUACCCUCAUAGCAGAAGCUAUUCAAGCUUGCGAUGAGAAAGAAGAUACAAGGCACAGAGAGCUCUUGAGCUUGUACCAGAGAAGACUAGAGAUUGAAGAGUCUAAAACUGAGAUCACUAGGCAAGGUAUUGAUGGCCUUGUGGACGCCAUUAACAAGCUUUCCAAUUCCAUCCUUGCUUUGGCUAAACAAAAGAAUUAAUGAACUUCCCGAAACGAUCCUCAUUGAAGUAAAUAAAGAUUUAAACAAGUAUUUGAGAGAGAGAGAGAUUAAUUCAAUUUGCUUGUACAUAAAUGAUGAAUUAAUGAUCUCACUUGUAUUGUUUGUGGCUUCAUGUUGCAGCCACUUUCAUUGAACCAUUUGAAGUUUUUUUUU